AUGCCUCGAGUCCGAUCACCAGGGGCUGGCUCUCAGCUCAUGGAUUCAUUCAUUGUCACACAUGGGCCUGGAAAUCCGAAUGGCAAUGUGACGCCAAUAGUCGCUGAAUUGGACGCGAUGAUGGCGUUCCAAUCUUCGGGUUUGCUCCACAAUCAACGCCACCAGGGACUUCCUGAGUUUCCACAUUCAUACGAAGUUCCACUGCCUGGAAAUACUGCUGAAGACGAGAAAGCGCGGAAACGCAUCUCGGAGGAUGACAGACCCAAGUAUCCGUUUGGGGAUAUUAAGAUCUACCAUGGGCGUAGCAUUCGAGAAUUUGAACACUGGAUCUUCAAUUUGACACGUUGUUUCGACGAAAAUAAAGUGUGGUUUGCGUACCCUCCACACAGAAUUAUCAUGGCAGCUACAUAUCUGUCCCGUGACCUGCUGUACGCAUGGUCUCUCCAUGAGAGCGCGUGCACGACAACCCCCACAUGGGCGGAAUUUGAAAAAUGGAGCCGAAGCCUUGUCGAUACUCGAUCUGAUACGAAACGAUCCUUUGAUGCUUCGAGAAUUUUUUAUACUAUAAGACAGCGACGUACCGAGACUGUUCGAGAAUUCAACGACCGGGCUAACGACCAUUGGCUUCGACUGGAGCAGCCCCCUAUGAAUGAAGAAUACAGAAAAGAGUUCUUGAAGAGUAAAGUCCUCCGGUCAAUUCGCGAGGAAGACGCCAGGUACUUCCCUCACGACUCCUUAAGCUACAUGGAUUAUAUGCAUCGCCUUCGCGAGAUCGAAGAUCGCCUACCGGAAAGACAAAAGGCAUUACGCAAACGGAAGAAAGUACUGCGCAAAAACGCGGAAAGAGAAACCCCUGGUGCAACCUGUGUGACGCCUAACCGAAGCCUUCUCUGGCGUACUUCACGUCCAGAAACUGGGUCGCAUGUUGCAAGUGCCGAGAAGAAGGCCAAGAAAGCCCGUGGACGCAGAAAAACACGGUAUAGCGAACCAUCUGGGGCAGAAAUUGUUUUGUAA